AUGAAAAGGCUGUUGCUGCUCGUUUUGCUCCUCGUCGACCAGACCCGACGCGGCGAGGGGGCGGAAACGUCGGAGCUGGCUCUGCUGGCGGAGCGGCCGACGCGCAUCGUCGGGGGCAAGGACUCGGAGAAGGGCCGCCACCCGUGGCAGGUCUCCCUGCACUGGUUCAACAAGAAGCGCGGCAUCCGGCCGCGGCACGUGUGCGGUGGGACGCUCCUGGCCUCGGGCUGGGUCCUGACUGCCGGGCACUGCCAGACGUUGAGUCCGAAGCGUCCGGGGGGCCAAUACAUGGUACUGGCGGGUAAGCACGAGCUCGGCACUCCGGAGGACACGGAGCAGACGCGCCUCGUCGAGGAGACCUUUGUCCAUCCCGAGUACUCGGGCUCGGUGGGGCCGAACGACAUAGCGCUGAUGAAACUGGAGAGGCCCUUCGAGCUGAACGAGUACGUGUCGACGGUGUCGCUGCCCUACGCGGACCAGAUGCACAGCGGCGACGCGAUACUCACGGGCUGGGGCAGUGUCUCCCGCACCAGGAAACCCGAGUCCCCGCGGGUGCUGCAGGUGGCAACUCUACCGCUGCUGGAUUACGAGGAGUGCAAGGAGGUUCUGGACGAGCGCCUCAGGAGGGAGGACGAGAACCCCAUUGAUCCCACCAACGUUUGCACGGGACCACUCGACGGCUCCCAGUCGGCGUGCAAGGGAGACUCGGGUGGUCCGCUGGUCGUGAUAAACUCCCUCGACAUGGUUGAAAUCAUCGGUGUGGUCAGUUGGGGCAUAUAUCCGUGCGCGAAACGUAACAGUCCAUCGGUGUACACGAGAGUCUCGGCCUUUGUUCCCUGGAUUCAUCAAAUAAUGCGGGACAACUGAGAUAAAGAACAAAAGAACAUAAAGUUGACGUGUAUUAUUGAUAC